AAGGCGGAGCUCUACCCGGAGGAGGCGGAGAAGUCCCACCCCCGGAUCUCCGGCUUCCGGCAACUCGGCUGGAUCGGAACCAGAGUGGAGCAUCCAAGGCCCUAACAUUCCCCCGACCUGCUAGACGCCGAGCCUCGCGAGGUGAGGCGACCGGGUCUGCGGGGCCGGUUCUGGACUGAGGGGCCCAAGAUCUCCUGCCCGCCCGGGGCGCUGCGGCCAGGCCCUUGCUCUAAAAGACUGGCUCUCCUUCGCGGAGUCCUAGGCUGCAGGAUCGCCGGCCCUCCAGCACUCACUAAUUGCCUGGCUCUGCACCUGGCACCUUACACGCAUUGUUUCUCUUAAUGACCCCUCACGUCGUGUGAGUAGGAACCAUUAUGAGCCCAUUUUACAGAUGAGGAAACUGAGGCCCCAAGAAACACACACAUCAGAGAAGGCGCAGAAUCGGGAAUCAAACCCAGACCCCUGCAAAAUUCUUCCUUCAUAAUUGGGAGAAGACCCACUGGCUGGAUGGCAGCUGUAGAUGACUUACAGUUUGAAGAAUUUGGUGAUGCAGCCAGUUCUCUUGCGGCAAACCCAGAUGCCACCACAAUAAGCAUUGAGGAUCCUGGCGAAACCCCAGACCAUCAGCCAGGACCCCCAGGAGGUUCAGGGAGAGAAGAAGAUGAUGAGUUACUGGGAAAUGAUGACUCGGACAAAACUGAGUUACUUGCUGGACAGAAGAAAAGCUCCCCCUUCUGGACAUUUGAAUACUAUCAGACAUUCUUUGACGUGGACACUUACCAGGUCUUUGACAGAAUAAAAGGGUCCCUUUUGCCGAUACCCGGAAAAAACUUUGUGAGGUUGUAUAUCCGCAGCAAUCCAGAUCUCUAUGGCCCCUUUUGGAUAUGUGCCACGCUGGUCUUUGCCAUAGCAAUCAGUGGGAACCUUUCCAACUUCUUAAUCCAUCUGGGAGAGAAGACGUAUCAUUAUGUGCCCGAAUUCCGAAAAGUGUCCAUAGCAGCCACGGUCAUCUAUGCCUACGCCUGGCUGGUUCCUCUCGCGCUCUGGGGUUUCCUGGUGUGGAGAAACAGCAAAGUUAUGAACAUCGUUUCCUAUUCAUUCCUGGAGAUCGUGUGCGUCUAUGGAUAUUCACUCUUCAUUUAUAUCCCCACGGCAAUACUGUGGAUUAUCCCCCAGAAAGCUGUUCGGUGGAUCCUAGUCACGAUGGCUUUGGGCAUCUCCGGGUCUGUGUUGGCCAUGACGUUUUGGCCAGCUGUUCGUGAGGAUAAUCGGCGGGUAGCCUUGGCCACAAUCGUGACAAUCGUCUUGCUUCAUAUGCUUCUAUCUGUGGGCUGCUUGGCCUACUUUUUUGAUGCCCCAGAGAUGGACCACCUCCCAACAACUGUAGCUACUCCAAACCAAACGGUUGCAGCAGCCAAGUCCAGCUAACGAGAAAAUUCUCUUUUAUGUUUGUGGACUGUGGUUCUUUCGGACAUGGCAUCCACUACGGGAAAUUACGCUGACCAAAGCCGGUAGGAAAGCUGCUGGAAUGGCACAAGUCCGACAUCUGGAUGGUGCCACGCUGGAGCCCCAUCACCUGUUUAUUGAACAGAAAUGAAAUGUGCGGCACCUGUGUCUUUGAGCUCUUCUUUUCACCAUUGCUGGCCAGUGACUGUGUGCUGAUUUGGAAUGAAAUGGGAGGGGGUGGGUUAGGCGUGUUCAGCUGGCCUUCCAUUUGUCUCUCACAGUCUUGUGACAUGCUUCACCGUAGAUCCACCCUUGAUACCUGAAACAGCCCCAUCCUGCCAUCUGAUGUCCUUUCCCUGAAUUAUGUGCAGAUUACCUGGGUGAUCGCUGUAGUCUGAUGUGUGUUGAAAAGUUUUAUGUUGGGCCAUUGUAAUGGGAUUAAGAGGGUGAAAACCUCUUAAUUAUGGUCAGAGUAUGCUGUUGAAAGGUGGGGCCUUUGGGAUGAGAUUAGGUAGGAUUAAGGUUAUUAAUGAUUGGAUUCUGAUGGGUUUGUAAGAGAGACACACAUGGAACACAGACAACACUCCCCUGCCCAUUGCCAUGUUGGAAUGCAGCCACAAGAACCCCACCAGAGAGGGCCCCGGACUUUGGACCUCUAAACCAUAAGCUGAAUAAACCUAUUUUUAUAAAUCA